GACUGUGACAGGCAGUCUGCGGCAUGAUUUAUCUCUGUUUGUCCAGUUUUAUCUUCAACAAUCUAUCUCGCCACAACAUGGUUUGCCUUUUUCAGUGGAGGGGCAGGAGGCUUUGCAAGAGAGGCCAUUUCACGACUUGAUUUUUUAUAUUUAACGAGGGCUAAAACGAUACAAGCGAUUUCCAUCUGUAAAGGUUAUCGCUGACUAAAAAGUGCUUUGAAAUCGUGCACUCGUGCAUACUGAAUUAUGUGUGAAAUCUAUUUCGUGUAAGCUGCACGGUCUGUUAAUUAAACGAUGUUGUGUUUUUGCUUCUAAUUGAGCAAACCUCCUGAGCCUGAGAUUUAAAAACUAGAUUUUGCCCCUGGCACACCCCCCGAGAUAAUUAACCAACCACCACAGCCUACCUUACCAUGAGCUGCAAGUCUAUCUGAUGCUGCACUAUAAUAACAGCUCGGAAGUGGAACGUGUCAGGGAGGAAGCCAGUGGAGCCUUAUUGAAUCUGUCAAAGAUCACCGUGUUUCUGCGUGUUUCUUUUUCUGUGAUGGGACUGCAUUUGCUAAUCAAGUGAUCCACAAUGUUAACGAGGCUUUUCAGUGAUCCUUCGCUGCUUCCCGACGUACAAAAAUAUUCCGGCUGGACCGAAGACAGCGACAGCGACAAGAUCAAAGAGGAGGAUCAGGACACCCAGGACGGCAUGGAGGUCUCUGGUCUAAGAGGAGGCAGUCGGACUCACUCAGAACACGAUGGGGAAGACGACGAGGACGACGAAGUGGAAGAAGAGGACGACGGAGAAGACACGGAGGGAGACAGGCCCAAGAAACGGGGCCCCAAAAAACGCAAAAUGACCCAGGCCAGGGUCGAGCGCUCCAAGAUGCGGCGGGUAAAAGCAAAUACUAGAGAACGCAAUCGCAUGCAUGACCUGAACUCUGCUCUGGACAAUCUGCGUAAAGUGGUGCCCUGCUACUCCAAAACACAAAAGCUGUCCAAAAUUGAGACGUUACGAUUGGCCAAAAACUAUAUCUGGGCCCUGUCUGAGAUAUUACGCUCUGGGAAAAGGCCUGACCUUGUGUCCUACGUCCAGACGCUGUGCAAGGGUCUCUCCCAGCCCACAACCAACCUGGUGGCGGGAUGCCUCCAGCUGAACUCCCGCAACUUCCUCACUGAGCAGCAGUGCCAGGAGGGGGGCAGGUAUGGGUCAGGCUCCUUCUCCAUGCAUUCCUACCCUUACCAGUGCGCGCGUCUGUCUAGCCCCCACUGCCAACCGGGCUCGAACUCGCACCCGCUGAGGACACACGGCUAUUGCUCGACUUACGACUCACUGUAUGGCGGGAGCGGAUCCCCGGAGUAUAACAGUCCCGAAUAUGAGGGGCCUCUCAGUCCGCCUCUGUGCAUCAAUGGCAACUUUUCCCUGAAGCAUCAAGGCUCUGCGUCCCCCGACAACGAGAAGGGGUACCACUAUUCUAUGCAUUACUCCGGUCUGCCUGGCUCCAGACCCGCUGGGGCCCACAACCUGGUGUUUGGCUCCUCGGGGACCCGGAGCGGUAUUCAUACUGAAAAUGUCCUGCCUUACCACGACAUGCACAUACACCACGAACGGGCCCCCGUCUAUGAUGAACUGAACGCGUUUUUUCACAAUUAGACGACAAGCCUAUCGUGCGUCCCCUUGCAAUCAACAAUCUAUCCACGACACACUUUUUGACAAGCUUACCCGCCAGGAUUUAGGCAUUCUGGGGGAAAUCCUCCACUUGUUGUCAUUAGUGUUGUUCUUUUAAUUUGUUCUGUCUUAAAACAUGUUUUUGCUAUAGUCAGAGAUGUAGUGGAAGGUAGUAUACCUAACCUGCAAAGUGUUAGUUUACGCAAUGUUUCUAUCUCUAAGCGGAAAUUUGACAAACAAAUCAAGACUAAUGAGGAAAAUGGAAUCUUAAAUUGUUCAUAAUUUUAAUCUGUGGUUUGUCUUUGUAUUGGUGGUUGUCUGUAUUUUCAUGGCUGGGAGUCAAAGUUUACGCACUAAUUUAUUCACCACUACAUCACUGGCUACAGCUCUACCCUGAUAUUUGCGAUGGUUUUCUAAUAAAAUACAUGAAUAACCGAGCAAAACGACAUCACAUUUGGAAAGAUGUGUUUGUAUGUUUGUUUGGGUUUUGUUUUUUGGGUUUUUUUUGAGAAAUAAUUAAAUCCAGACGAAAACAGAGGGAAAAAUCCUGAGAACUGUACUUGUUGGGUUGCUUUAGAAGAAUCUGUUCUACAGCAAAUCAAUCGUUUCUGCGUCUAUGCAAAAUCUAACGAGGCCACAGAGCGAGGCAAGUAGGCCCAGAAGGACACUGUAUGUUCAUCAGCACUGUUGCUGCACGCACGGGUGCGCGCAGACACACACACACAC